AUGCAGCGGGAGGAGGAGGAGGAUGGAGCCAUGAAAGUAGGCUACGCCAUGCGGGAUCUGGUGAACCGGCUGCCCGGCGGCAGUCCGACGGCGCUGUCGGACGAGACGGUGGUGUCGGUCUGCUGCACGCUGCACGAGGUCACCAGCCGCAACAUGGAGAACGCCAAAGCUCUGGCCGACAGCGGAGGCAUCGAGAAGCUGGUGGACAUCAGUAAAGGACGGGGGAAAGGGUACUCGAUGAAGGUUGUGAAGGCGGCAGCGCAGGUGUUGAACACGCUGUGGCAGUACAGAGAGCUGAGGAACCUCUACAAACAGGUCGGUACCAGCAGGAACGUCUAG